AUGACUCUCAAAACUGCUCUCCUCUUGGCCGGCUCCUUGACCGCAAGUGUCAUGGGCGCUGCUCUGCAAGGUCGCGAGGAAUGCGGUGCUCCUGAGCCUACUGAGGAGCAAAAGGCCAUAACCCAGCAACUUCUCUUUAACGAGACCAUGCUUGCGGACAGUGAAUUUGCUGCCAAGGCAAACGUCAAUGUCCCCGUCUACGUCCACAUUGUUGCCAAGGACAAGACUCCCGGCGGCGGAUGGGAACAAGAUGUGCGCAACACCAUUUCAGGCAUGAACAAGCACUACUCCAAGAUGGGAUUCCAGUAUACCAUCAAGAAGAUUGACUACACCGUCAACGGCCAGUGGGCCAUCGACAAGGACCAACAGGCCAUGAAGAAGAAGCUCCGCAAGGGCGACUACAAGACGCUCAACUUGUACUACAUUCCGACCAUGGAUGCCAACGGGUACUGCUACUACCCUACCAAGGCGGCGCCCGGUUCCGAGGCGUUCGUCAGGGACGGAUGUACCAUUCGCACGGACACCAUGACGAAUGGGCAGACGACCACCCAUGAAGUCGGCCACUGGCUGGGCCUGUACCAUACCUUUGAGGGUGAGUGUGGUGGCAGCGGUGACCAGGUUGAUGAUACGCCGGCGUGCAAGAAGAGCUGGAGCUGUGACGAGAAGCAGGACACUUGCCCUGGACUCCCGGGCAAGGACCCCGUUCACAACUUUAUGAGCUAUGGUACUUGCAGGCGGGAGUUUACUGCUGGUCAGGGCAAGCGCAUGCGCAGCUCUUAUGAUUACUACCGCAAGUAG